ACAUGAAUAAUGCUUUAAAAUUUUAAAAAGCAAUUAAAAGAAAAGGGAUCAAAAGCAUCGUUUACAUACUGCUAGUUUUAUUUCCGUUUAUGCUAUAUUUUUGUAGUGUAAUUUGUACAAUAUGUGCUAUAACCAUAGCGUACUGAAGUUUUGUGAAUAAACAUAACCUUAAAACUAAAAUAAAUUUUUUUAAAAUCCACAAUAAAAUUCGAUAACGACGUAAAGUUAAAGCAUUUAUUUAUAUGGUUUAAAAUGGAUUCAAAAUACGCAGUUCUUGGCAAAGAAAAUAAUAAAAAAAAUUCAAAUGGAAUCAAAGUUAAACGUAUAAAGUUAUGCGUAGAAAACCCAUCAAAACUAAAUGGAAACCACGUUGCCAUCCAACAAGUGGCGGAUCAACGCGAUAUAAAGGAGACAUUUGUUGAAGACUUGAGAGAAACUCGAAAGUCAUUACCUGUGUAUGCUGUAAGAAAUAGGUUAUUAGAAGAAAUAAAAAAGAACAACACAAUGAUACUCAUUGGAGAAACAGGCAGUGGAAAAACUACACAAGUACCACAACUAAUACAUGAACAACGUCUUGAAGGAUCAGGUUCUAUUGCAGUUACGCAGCCCAGGAGAGUAGCCGCUAUAACCUUGGCCAUGCGUGUUGCCGCAGAAAUGAAUACUGAAAUAGGAUCAAUUGUUGGGUAUUGUGUUAGGUUUGAAGAUGUAACAAGUGUGAGGACCAAAGUAAAGUAUUUAACAGAUGGCAUGAUGCUAAGAGAAGCUGUGGCUGACCCAUUAUUGAAAAGGUACUCAUUUAUAAUAUUGGAUGAGGCACAUGAGCGUACUGUAAAUACUGAUGUCUUAUUUGGAAUUGUUAAAUUAGCUCAAAAAGAAAGAAAUGAAAAGAAACUUCUACCUUUAAAGGUGAUAAUUAUGUCGGCAACAAUGGAUGUGGAUUCAUUUAAGAAUUAUUAUGAUGAAUGUCCAGUUAUUUAUUUGGAAGGUAGAGCACAUCCGGUAACAAUAUAUCAUACUAAAAUGAAACAUGAAGAUUAUCAGUACGCAGCACUGUGUACAAUAUUCCAACUCCAUGCAACUUCACCAGCCAACCAUGAUUUUCUUGUAUUCCUCACUGGACAGGAAGAGAUUGAAACUCUGAUGAGCAAUAUUAAACAAAUUGCCAAGGAAUCAUCAGGACCACUAAUAAGGGUGUGUCCCCUGUAUGCCGGUCUUCCUGCUGCCAAGCAAUUACAAGUAUGGAAGAAAACACCACCUGGAAUGAGAAAAAUUGUGUUGGCAACUAAUAUUGCUGAGGCAUCUGUGACUAUACCACAAAUCAAAUGUGUCAUUGAUACUGGUUUCGUGAAGGAAAGAACUUGGUGUACAUCAACUGGUGCGGAACGGCUGCGAGUUGGGCCAUGCUCACAAGCGGCGGCGUGGCAACGGGCGGGUCGCGCGGGACGUACCGCGCGUGGUGCUGCUUACCGCCUCUAUACAGAGACGGACUUCGGUGCCAGGAAACCACACAACGUCCCAGAAAUAGUGAGAUGUCCUCUCGCUUCAACUAUAUUAUUGCUAAUAGCAUCAGGAUUUGAUCCUCUUACAUUUCCAUUAAUUGAUCCACCGCCCGAAGAAUCUGUUAAAGCAUCUUUAUUGUUACUUAAGGAAUUAGGUGCUAUUGAAAAUGAAGCAAAUCCAAAGUUGACUGUUCUUGGAAAAAAAAUGACAGCUUUCCCGAUUGAUCCAAAAUACGCUAAGAUAUUAUUAAGUGCUCCGGAAUAUGACUGCUUAGAUGAGGCAUUAAGUUUGGUGGCAGUUUUAUCAAGUGAGAAUGUAUUUCAUUUGCCAAUUCACAAAAGGGAAGAAGCAUUGAAAGUAAAGCAAAAAUUUGUAUCAACAUUAGGAGAUCAUAUUACACUAUUAAAUGUUUUUAAAGCAUUUUGUAAAGCACCUCUUAAAAAGCAAUGGUGUAAGGAGAACUAUCUAAAUCACAAAAAUUUGGCCUACGCAUUUGAUGUGAGGCAACAACUUCUAGCUAUCUGUCAAAGACUUAACAUGACGGUAACAAGUUGUGGGGCUGCGUUAGAUCAGUUAUUAAAAUGUCUACUGAGCGGUUUAUUUACGAACUGCGCGUGGUUGCGCAGUGUUGUGGGCGGGGCGGGCGGGGCGGGCGGGGCGAGGUACGCUACGGGGUCGGGCGCGGCUGCGGGGCUGCACCCUGCGGGCGUGCUGCACUCGCUGCGCCCCGCCCCGCCCGCACUGCUCUACACCGAGCUGCUGCACACGCGCCGACCCUACCUCGUCACAGUGUCAGUUAUACAACCGCAGUGGCUGCAUCAGGUCGCACCCGACUACACGAGACGUUGCCGGGCUAGCAGAACUUGUCCCGAAUCUAUUUUUAAACCAACAGAUACGUAGAUGUUUAAAUAUUACCAGAAAUGGAAUUUACAAACUUUAAAACAGCAAAAUAGAUUUGUCGAGAAAUGGAUUUCAUUAAAUUGUUGUGUUUUUUGUGCCUUUAUUUUAGUCAUGUGCUAGCGUUGGAUUGUUUGUAAAUUGAAUUAAUGUAAAAAAUUAAGCUGUAUCAAUAUGCUGUGUAUUAUAUUAGUCCCAUAAUGUUGUAAAUAAUAAUUACUCUUGUUUUGACCAACUUAUAAGAGAUAAAUGUUAUAGCCAUUUUGUAUCUAUGUAUUUAUGUAUGUAUAUACCGCUGUAACUUUUGGUAGCCGUUUUGCUUGACCGAUUUGAAUGCAUUCAUAUGAAUUCGUAUUCCUCAGAAAGUUAAUUG